UGCAAGCCGAUGACUGUCAGCGACUGAGGCAGCUGGUUCUCUUCUGUUUAAUGGACAGCAGUGUUUGGUCCAGGAGCUGGAGAUCGAUGAAAACCGGAGGCAAAGAUGUUUGUGCUGCUUGUGGCUGUUCUGUUUGUUCCUCGGCUUGCUUCAGCUGUGGAGGUGAUUAACGUCCGUGAAGAGGCAGAAUCUGUUUUGCUGCCCUGCUCCUUCUCGUCUUCUCUUUUGGAUAAGUCCGUUGUGGUGUGGAGUCGCAAAGAUCUCAAUCCCCCUACAGUCCACCUGCGCCUUAGGACGGGCGAUGACCUUCAGACCCAAAACCAGCAAUACAAAAGUCGAACUUCCAUGGAGAGCGACGCUCUGGAAACUGGAGUCCUGAGCCUGACUCUGAGGAAACCUCAACUCAUUGACGGUAGCACUUACACCUGCACUGUCAGCAGGCUUGGACAACAGCUGGGAAAGUUAGAAGUUAAGCUGGAGGUCCAGAGGAGCACAGGAGUUCCCACGUGGGUCACCAUCCUUCUGGUUCUCCUGACUCUGGUUAUUGCUGCCGUUGCUUGGGCCGCUAUUUAUUUCAGAAAAUUUUUACAGAAAGUUCCACACGUGGAAGUGAACUCUGAGGUGGAGUCUGUCCUGCUGCCCUGUAUCACUAUCACCCGCCUUCCUGAAGAUGCCAGAGUGGAGUGGACAGACACUAAAGACAGAAAGGUUCAUGUGUACGAGAAGGGGAUGGACCGGCCUGAUGAGCAGCACUGGUUCUAUACAGACCGAACAGAGAUGAAAAAAAGGCUAAAGAGGGCUGCAAUGUUCUGUCUGACACUGAAAUACCCGACAGACAGAGACAGUAAGACUUUCACCUGCACCGUCUACGGCCAGGCCAGGACUGUCCUCCUGAGGAAACAAGUGGAGCUCCUCGUCAGAGUACCCGAGGUGAAGGUGAACUCUGGGGCAGACUCUGUCUUGCUGCCCUGCAAAACUAAAACCAUUCUCUCAAAAGACAUUAAAGUAGAGUGGAGCUGCGACGAUGUCUGGAUUCUGAAGGUGCAUGUGUACCAGAACGGUUCUGAUAGUCCAGAAGAUCAGAGUCCGUUCUACAGAAACAGAACCAAGAUGAACAACGACCUACUCGAAACUGGAGACCUCAGUCUGACACUGAAACACCCUACAGACAGAGACAGGCAAACCUAUACCUGCACGGUUUACAGCAGAGAUGGAAAAAUCCUCAUGAAGAAACAAAUAAAGCUCAUUGUUGAAGACUGUGAGGUGGAGGUGGAUGAGGGGGAAAUGUCAGCCCUGCUGCCCUUCAGAACCACAGGGGAUCUGGCAGACGCUAUGGUAGAGUGGUGGCGCUAUGAGCCCGAACCACCAGUGAUCGUCCACAAACAUGAGGCUGGCUGUGAUCAACAUGAAGAUCAGCACCCGCUGCACAGAGGCCGGACACAGAUGAGGUCAGAAGACGGAGACCUGAGUCUGACUCUGAAAUACCCGACGGACAGAGACAGUGGGAGCUACAUCUGCAGGGUCAACAGCAAGAAGCUCAAGAGGAAGAAAACGGUGUUGCUCAGAGUUGUCAACCGACAGGUGGAGGUGGAGGAGGGGGCUGAGUCCGUCCUGCUUCCGUUCAAAACAACACCUGAUCUGCCUGAGGAUGCUAAAGUGGUGUGGUGGCAGCUGGACCCGGAACACAUCAAGAUCCACGUGUACCACAAUGGCUCUGACCAACCUGAAGAACAGAACCAGUCAUUCAGAAACAGAACAAAGAUGGAUGAAGACCUCCUGAAAAGUGGAGACCUCGGUCUGACUCUGAAGCAGCCCACAUGUGGAGACAGCGGGAGGUACAGAUGUGAAGUUUACAGCGAGACAGAGAAAAUACGAAGGGAGAAAACUGUGAUGGUCAACGUUAAACAGAGAAGCCAAAGUCAAAAAGUGGACAGAGGAGACUCCACUGAUCCCACUCCUCUGCUGGCUCAUCAAUCUGUUUGAUUCGCUUCUUAGAUUAAAUCCAAGUUCAGUCGCUUAGUUAGGCUUAAUGUUUUCUCAAGAAGACUUUGUUCUAAAGUGGGGAGUCCUUACCUUGUCUUGCUCUUGUUGCUGUUAAUGAGCUUUCGUGUUGGGUCAGUAACGGUCCUGGUCGGUGGUGUCCGAUAACAUGUUUAUGCUUCAAAUAGAGAUCCAAAGGUUUCUGGCACAACUACACCAACUGCCAAGAUGCAUGAAGGGGGUCAGAUAUAUGAUGAGGUGAAAGGUUUAGCAAUACUUGAAGUAUCUGAAACCAACUUUAUAGACAAAGCAACACGUUUCAGCUUGUGGUCCUCAUCAGGGUCAUUCGUUGAUUGACCAGUUCUGUAUAUUUAGGUUUAAGAACACAGCACAGAAUUUACUGCAGGCAUGAAUGUAUCAUCAAAGAAGGUUUGAGUCAUUAAUUCAUGCAACAACACAGUAAUUCAUAUCGUUCAAAAAUAACAGAUUUCAGACGCUAUACAAGUCGUAGCAGACCCUAAAGACUAGUUUUGGGCGCUUAAGCUUCUCGGGAAGUGUGUUUGGCCAGGAUUCAGCUUU